AUGGAGGAGGAGACAAAUCUGGGCGGCGCCGGCGGAGUGGAGGUGAAGGAGGAGGAGGGGGUCGAGUCGUUCGAGCCGACAGAGGACGAGCUGGUGCUGCACUUCCUGCGGCCGCAGCUGCGCGGGAUCGCGCCGCGCGUGGCGGGCGCGGUGGUGGAGGCGGACCCGUGCGCGGCGCCGCCGUGGGACCUUCUGGAGCGGCACGGGCUGCUGCGGCGCGGUCACGGCUACUUCUUCCAUGCGCGGCGGCGCGGGAAGGGGGGCCCGGUGCAGGUGCGGCGCACCCCGUUGGGCGGCGGCGGCACGUGGAUGCACAGCGGCAACAGGGAGGACCGGCGGUCCGUGACGGAGCUGGGCGUGGUGGCGCGGUGGUCCAUGACGCGCUACUGCUUCUACGCCCGGGACAGUGCGCAGGGGCGGCGGAGCACCGGGUGGGUCAUGUCCGAGUACGAGAUCACGGACCCGCGGUGCUACCGCCGCGCCGACGACGGCGAGGAGGACCAGUACUGGGUGCUCUGCCACGUCCGCCGCAGCACCAGGAAGAACGUCAAGCCGCGCUCGCGGAGGCGGUAG